AUGGUUGCAGUAUCUUGCUCAAUUCCUGCAAAUCUACCAGUUCUCACAGGAAAGAACUAUGAAAAUUGGAAGAUUCAGAUCAGGGUGGUGAUGCGAUUCCAAGGGGUUUGGGAGUUCGUAGAAGAAGGUUAUAUACCUGUGGGAGAGAGAGCAACAGAGGAACAAAACGCUGCUGAUAGAGAAAAAGAAAAGAAAGAUUGCAAGGCACUUUUCAUUUUGCACCAAAGUGUAGAUGCUGCUAACUUUGAAAAGAUAGCAAUGGCUCAAACCUCCAAAGAAGCAUGGGACAUUCUGCAGAAAUCUCAUGAUGGAGCCACAAAAACUAAGAAGAUCAAGCUGCAAACUCUGAGGAGACAAUAUGAACUACUACAAAUGGAAAAGAAUGAAUCAGUUGCUGAGUACAUCACAAAAGUGCAGACAGUGGUGAAUUCAAUGAAGGGCUAUGGAGAAAAGAUAAUUGUGCAAUCAGUUGUAGAGAAAGUGCUGAGAACCAUGCCACCCAAGUUUGACCAUAUUGUGGUAGCCAUCGAGGAAUCCAAAAAUCUUGAAGAGCUUAGCCUAGAGGAAUUGCAGGGAUCUUUGGAAUCUCAUGAACAGAGAAUGAAUGAAAGGAUAAAUUAG